CACGAAGCACCUCCCACCAAAACAGUUCAAUUUUAAAUUCAAACGGCCGGAAACCGCGGAUUGGAGACAACCUUUAAGAAAACUCAGCGUUAGUUAAUUAAGAAGAUGUCCCGCCUGCCAGUCAGUGCAAGCAAGAGGGUCCUUCUGACGAGCAGCAGCAGCUCCGACAAUGGACAAGACAUGCCUCCUGCUCAGAAGAAGAUUCGCAAGAACCCCGAGCCUGUCAAGCCACAUGCAGCAGCUACAAUCAUCAGCGGCAGGCGGCCUCCUGUUGCAGCAACCAGGGCUCCCAUUUCGAGGCCAGUCCGCGGUGUGGGAGCCGCCACCGUGGCUGUUGGUCCUUCCAGAGGUGUCCUGAAACAAUCGAUAGCUUCAACAGCACCAAAGGGGGUCAACGUGAAACCAACGGCUGCACCCACAGCCCCCAAAACAGGUGCAGGCGGGGGCUCCAAGCGCCACGCAUGGGACUUCAAGGGCAAGGUCAGCGACAUGGAGGGUAAGAUCAAAAACUACCAGACCAAGGUCAAGACGACCAACCAGGAGAACGAGGAGCUGAGGAGCACGAUGGCCCAGACCCAGUCGAGAGUGUCUGAGAUGGAAAAUAAGCUUGAGAAGCAGAAGAGGCAGAUCAGUGAGUACGAGGCGGAGCUGCAGGCGUUGUCCGGUGUGCGGGAUGAGCUGGAGAUGGUGUCCAGUGACAAGUGCACUCUUGAAAAGGAGCUUUCCAGUUUGGAGAGCAAAUACAAGGUCAUGGAGACUCUGCGGGACAGCCAGGAGACCGAGCUGCAAACGCUCAAGAUGAAGCUGUCGGUCCAGGAGUCGACCAUGGCCCGCCUCCAGGCGGCCCUCAGAGACUCUGAGGAGGAGGUCCGCUCCCUCAAGGACACUGUGGUCCAGCAGAAGGACGAGCUUCAUGCCGGGGAGAUGGAGCGCAGGCAGCUCCACAACACCAUCCAGGAGCUCAAGGGUAACAUCAGGGUCUUUUGCAGGGUGCGCCCUCUGGUGGAGGGAGGCCUCAGCAAGCACAUUCAGCUCUCAGCCAGCGACAACAAGACGAUAACGCUGGCCAAGACCGAGGAGUCUCACACAGGCAAAGCUGCUGACACUCACAAGAAUUACAACUUCAGUUUUGACCGAGUGUUUGGCCCCCAGUCUUUGCAACAAGAGGUGUUCGAAGAGAUCUCGCUGCUGGUUCAGUCCGCACUGGACGGCUACAACGUCUGCUGCUUCGCUUAUGGCCAGACGGGCAGCGGGAAGACCUACACCAUGGAGGGGGACGAGCACGACGAGUCCCGGGGGGUCAUUCCCAGAGCCGUGAAGCAAAUCUUCAGAGCGGCAGAGAAGCUGGGGGCGCAGGGCUGGGAGUUCACCUUCACGGCGAGCUUUGUGGAAAUUUACAACGAGGGCCUGCGGGACCUGCUUUACUCUGGCAAGGCCAGCAAGAGGCCCGAGCACGAGAUCCGAAAGUCCGCCAACAACGAGGUGACCAUCACCAACCUCACAUACGAACGGGUCUGCAACGAGGAUCAGGUUCUCCACCUCAUCAUGUUGGCCAAUCAGAAUCGCUCCACGGCUCAGACAAGCCAGAACGACCGCUCCUCCCGCUCCCACUCGGUGUUCCAGCUGGACAUUGAGGGAGUGAACGUUGGCAGGGAUGUCAAGUGCAAGUCCACUCUGUGCAUGGUGGACUUGGCCGGCAGCGAGCGCAUGCUGAAGAGUCAGUCUCAGGGGGAGCGCUUUAAGGAGAUGACCGCCAUCAACGGCUCCCUGUCCAACCUCGGCAUCGUCAUCACCGCGCUGGCCAACAAGGAGAGCUACGUUCCCUACAGGAACUCCAAGCUGACCUACCUGCUGCAGGGCUGCCUGGGAGGCAACAGCAAAACCCUGAUGUUUGUGAACAUCGCUCCAGAGACGGACAGCUUCGGAGAAACGCUGAACUCCUUGAGGUUUGCAAGCAAGGUCAACGACUGCGUGAUUGGAACUGCAAGUGCCAACAGGAAGUAGAGUAGAAAGGUUAAGGCGGUUCUUACUAUUUUUACCUUUUUAUUAAUGAUCACAACGGUUUGCCACACUACGGUGCUGAAUCACUCAGGCAGGGCUCACUCUCACCUUCUGAACAAAUACGAAAUGGAGACGGCAAACCACUUACACUUGUGAAUACAAGCGGCCCCGCAGUCCGAACCGAGCCGGACAACGUGUGCCGUUUGUAGUUAGUAGCGUUGUUUUGGGGAGGUUUGCUCUCAGAUGUCCAGCGCUCUGCUGACCUGUGGGGGCAGUGAUCUCUCACAGAGGCGUUGGGGAUGAUGGAGAAAUGAUGAACGAGCAACCAGCCACUUGCUUGACCGCUGCAGUGACCACACUUCUGAUUAAAAUUCUUUUAAGUACCGGGUAAAACACAAACCAUCAACAAUUUUGAAUGGUUAUUGUAAUAAAGUUUUCAUUCUUUUAGGUCACAUUAUAAUUAAGCUUACUUGUUGUAUAGCAUGUUGAUUCUUAAAGAUACUGUUUGGCAACCAUACUGAGCCCUGUGCAAACCCAAAAUCCUGCUUUAUAAUCUCAGGACUUUCCUUGGUGAUCAUUAAUUCUGGCUUUAACUAUUUAAUCAAGAGGAUGUGUACAUAGGCAUGUGUUUAGUUUGUUGGUCUUUUUAAAUACAUAUAUGGCUCUCAAGGGUCCUUUUAUUCAUGUCAUUGUCUAGUUGACCUUUUCAUUUCCAUUGGACAAAAGUGCAUCAAUAUUCACAUUUUUUUCCAAUUUAUAUAUUUUUUGUGUAACUUGGACAAUAGUUGCAAAUAAAUGCAGUGUGCUUUAACAAA